CCCCAAGCAGCAAAAUCACAGCACCGAAAGCAGAAAAGUUUUGCGUGAUAAUGACGGGCGAACGGAAAAUGAGCAUAAAAGAAGAGCCGCGUUUCUUGACGGCUGUUUUUUCAGCGGACAGGGGUCCGGCCGACCGACCCACCCGCAGUCCUCUCGCACGAUCCUGUCGUCAUGGAGACGGCGCGCACGGUGAGCGACCGAGAUCAGGAGGCCUCUCUGACGAGAGAGGAGGUGGAGGAAGAAGAGGAGGAUAACGAAGCGGAGCGGGAAGGUAAAGAAGAGAAGCUACACGGAGAAGGGUUGCAGAGUACGGAGGACACCAAACCCUUGCAGAAGAACAAAGCAUGGAAGCCCAAUGUUUAUUGCACGCUUCCCAAAGACCAGUACUACUUUGUCGGCCGCAACAUCAGCAUCUACGAGUCCAUCGACUCCUACGGCGCUAUUGUCUGGCCAGCAGCUGUGGCUCUGUGUCAGUUCCUUGAGAACAACCGUAAGCAGAUUAACCUGGAGGACAAGUGGGUGCUGGAGAUCGGCGCAGGAACUGGCCUGUUAUCCAUUGUAGCUUCUCUGUUAGGGGCCUGGGUGACAGCGACAGACAUACCGGACAUGCUGGGGAACCUCAGCUGCAACCUGCACCGCAACACAAGGGGGUAUUCCAAGUACAGCCCUCAGGUAGCGCCGCUGUGCUGGGAGCAAGACCUGGAGCAGACCUACCCCCGCUCCGUGUACCGCUAUGACUACGUGCUGGCAGCGGAUGUGGUCUACCUUCACAACUUCCUGGAUCCCCUUCUUGUGACUAUGCGGCACUUCUGCCAGCCCGGCACCACCCUCAUAUGGGCCAACAAGGUGCGUUUCCAAUCUGACCUUCAAUUCACCGAUACCUUCAAAAGUACCUUCAACACCACCCUGCUCACGGAGGUGCCGGAGGAGAACGUCAAGAUUUUCAUGGCCACUAACCGGGAAUAGUUUUGUUGGGUGGAAGAUACGCACAGCCCUCACCGUGCAUGUGCUGUGCUGUGCUGUAUCCACAUUCCUAAACGGCCAUUUCCAUUACCAUUUUCAUAGCAGAUAUGAUAUAAAAAAAAAAUGCCAUUUGAUAGAACAUGUACUCAUAUAGAUGGCAGUUAGGUAAUAAACAUUAACUUGAGUUCAUUUGUGCCAUUUACAAUUGUUAUGUAUUAGGGCAAGUUUCAAUCAAAUUUUAUAAA